CUAAAUGAUGAUGUUUAUGGCCUCAGAUAUUGUUGUUGGAAAUGCAUUAAUAGCUUUGAUUUCAACAAUUUUUGAUUCGAAGAUUUCAUUGAUAAGGCUAGGGGAGGCAUAAAAGACCCAAAGAGUCGAUUUAUAAUUGGAAUAAGAAUUGGAACUGGAAAGAGGUUAAUUUUGUAAGCAAAUAUUAUAUAAUAAUGGACCCAUUAAUGGCAUUUAAUUGUCUGAAGUGAUGAACGAGAAGAUAACUUAAAUAGACAGAUGUUGCUAAUCUGUCUGGUAGUAUAUUCCAUCAGGUAUUGCAACUGCUCUUACUUGGAUAAUUACUGGGCAAGCGUUGAGACAUGAAUUUGUGAUUAUUGAUACGACAAAUCACACGUGCUGCAUUGAAUUAGUGAAAGUUAAGAAUGAUGAUAAUAAAGAUUAAAAUUUGUGAACUGUAACAGGAAGAGAUAUAAAAAUUGAUUUUUAACAUAUAUGGAGUAUAAACAUAGGAAUAAAGAAAACAAUAAAGAAUAAAAAUUUUAAAAAAUAGACACUAUGAUAGAGUUUUAGGUUCAAUUUAGCUCAAACAUGAGUUGUAUUUGAGUCAAAUCAACUAGCUUUAAAAUUUGCUUUUAAUUUGUUGGAAAA